AUGUCCCUCCUCGCGCUCCCCAACGAGCUCCUCCUCCUUAUCGCCGACCACCUCCCCCUCCCCUCCCUCCUCAACCUCCACCUCACCAACCACCGCCUCCACCACCUCACCACCCACCAUCUACACACCCACGCCACCCUCGACCGCCACAGCUACGGCAUGGUCCUCCCCGCCCUGCACUGGGCCGCCUGGUACAACCGCCUCUCCCUCGCCCGCCUCCUCCUCACAACCAUCUCCCCCCUCCCCCCAUCGACGCCAAAACGAGCGAGCACGGCAAAACCGCAUUGCAGUGCGCCGCCUGGCAGGGCCACACAGAGAUGGUUUGGCAAGUCGGCGCUGCACCAGGCCGUGGUCCGUGGGCGCGCAGAGGUGGUGCAGCUCCUGCUGCAGCGCGGCGCGGACGUGGCGGCGCGCGAUCAUGCUGGGAUGACGCCGCUGCUGUGGGCGGUGAAGUGUCAGAGUGCUAGUGAGUCGCUGGUGGGCAUUUUCAGGAUGCUGCUGGAGAAGGAUGCGGCGACGGCGGCGGUAGUGGGUGGUGAGGGUGGUGAGGGCGGUGAGGGCGGGUGCGGAGAGGGCGUGGUGGACGCGCAGGAGUAUGAGAGGGGUGAGACGGCGCUGCAUUGGGCUGUGUGGCGGGGGCAGCGGUUGACGGUGAAGCUGCUGACGGAGUUUGGGGCGGAUGCGGAUGUGGCGAGUGUGGAUGGGGAGACGGCGGUCGAGUGGGCGGUUAAGAAGGGGGAUGAGGAGAUUACGAGGAUGGUUGUGGGGAGGUAUGAGGUUGCUGAGAUGCUGCUGGCGGAGGAGAAGGCGGUGGGUAUGGAGGGCGGGGCUGGAGGUGAGGGGGAGGGGGAGGGGGUCGGCGAUAAGGAGGAGAAGGGGAAGAGGUGGGGGAGGAGGAUCAGGAGCAUAGGCAAGGUGGUGGGCAGGAUGUCGCUCAUGAGGCAGUUGGAGAGGAGGCAGGUUAAGGAGUUGGGGGAGGCGUGA